UUUACAUAACGUAUAAAACAAAAAACACUUGUCAGAAAUUCUCUGUUAAAAAAAUCAACUGCCAGUUCAUCUGACAACAUUUGUGACGUUUGACAGCGUGCGCCGAAGUAAUAAGGUUAGAUCGCCUCUCCAAAACAUUGCACCACCUUGGACCCAGAAACUCCAGCCACCAUGGACGACGGUGAUUUUGAGUUGCCCGACGACUUAAAAGACGACGUCGAAAUCAUAUAUUCCGACUCGGAGGACGACGACGACGACCAGCCGGACCCCUAUUCCCUGGAGGACGUCCUUGAGUCCGUCGACAUCAACGACGAAGAAGUAGUUGACCUGGCCAAGUUUACGUUCACCAAACACACGCAGUCGGUGUUCUGCGGCGACGUGAGCAGCGACGACAAGUUGGCGGUGACCGGGGGCCAAGACGACGCCGCCUACGUCUGGGAUCUGGAGACCGGGGAGAUUGUCUUGGAAUGUACCGGCCACAGGGAUUCCGUGGUGAUCGUGCAGUUCAACCACACCAACCAGUACGUGGUGACGGCCGACAUGGGGGGCAUGAUACAGGUGUGGGACGUGAUCGACAAGAAGCUGAUCUGGUGCUUUGAAGGUGAUGACUUGCACUGGCUGACCUGGCACGGGCAGGCCAACGUUCUGGUCGCCGGGUUCCAGGCGGGCGACAUCUACGUGUGGCAGAUUCCCCAGGGCAACACCAAGGUGUUACCUACAGCUGGCUUUGCACACACAACCCAUGGUAAGAUAUUGCCCAACGGCAAACAACUGUUGGCCUCCUACCAGGGUGGGUUACUGAAACUGUGGGACUUGAAGACUGUGACGGCGGUGUGGCAAUGUAACUUAGACCAACCCAUAUUUUCGUUUGAUAUUAACGCGGACGCCAGCCUGGCCAUACUCACCCCAUCUGGGCAACUGGUUAAGAUGUCAGAUGGUAAGAUUGUAACCAGUUUUUUAGUCGGAGACGAGGCCGAAUCAGACAUGGAGGUGGCGCAUUUCGACAGUGACUUAGGAAUGGUUGUGACUGGAGGAUUGUCUGGAAUGUUGUGCGUCUGGGACGUCAGAAAACAGGCGCUAAGACACAAGGCUCAGCUGCUUGCCUCUGUAACGAUCCUCAAACAGGCAAAAAGCGGCAUAAUGUUCGUAGGAGGAGCUGAUGGGAUCGUAUACGUUUGUGAUGUAAAACAGGGCACUCAUUUGGAAACUCUGACAGGCCAUAGACAAGGAAUAUUAAGCAUGAAACCUUUUGCUAAUGGCACCAAACUGUUGACCACCGGAGACGAUGGUGUGGCCAAGAUUUUCGAUAUUAAAUCAUAAUUCCAUAUUCUUAUGUAACAAGGGACUUAAAUUUUCUAUAGAUGUUUACAAGAAUUUUGUAUUUACCUAUAUUAUCAUGUAUACCCUUUUGAUGUUCGAUGUACCCGGAUUGAUGCGUGUGAAUCGAAGGCUGUUUGUUAAUUUUUAUUGUUAUAUUCAUGCUUAUGAAUGAGAGUAUAAUAAAGAUCUGUUUUGUAA